AUGGAUCUGAAUAGGGGUCAACGAACCGGAUAUGAGUCUUUUGGAAGGCUCGCGAGAGUACUCGUGAACGAGAUCCCGAGGCACGAACGACAGUCCCCAUCUUUUUCGACUAAUUUCCUCGGGAUUCUCGUGACAAUGCUCGUAGAGUACCUUGCGACACUGCUCGUGAACAGGGGUAAUUUGAAAUUGCCUCUCUCGCGAGACGGCUCUAUACCUGUCGUAUGCGACUGGGUGGCUCGUGGCCAUGCUCGCAAAGACUUUUGGCCUCUCACGAGCAAAAGUUUAGAUUUGCGACAAAUCGAGCGGAUAUUGCGAGCGACAAAGCCGAUCGAAUUGCGGGACGAAAACGCAGCGACCGAGUCAGCAUCCGCACAAAAAUUCCCAGGAAUUCCCUCCCGAUAA